CGAUACAGUAACAAAACCCUAAUUUAAUUUUUUGUUUUAUUAUCAUUCUUAUUUUUUGCUAAGGUUUUGUUUUAUUAUUUUCAAUUGAGUUUAAUAUUCUCUUCUUUUCACUCAAGCCACUCAUAUCUCUGUUCUCGCCUCUUUUCUGUUACUCUCUCGCAAUUUUAUUUUCAUGUCAACAAAAAAAAAACGAAAAUAAAAAAUUGAUCAAUGGGUCAAUGGGUCAAAAAAUAAGUAGAGCUUUUUGAAGAUUUUGGUAUUUAGAAAAUUCCACUGUUGGAUUAUGUUACUUUUAGAUUAUUAUUUAUCGUUCUUUGUACCCAUUCUCCAAUUUUUUUUCAUGGUUUUGUUUGUGAUACCGGUUUUUUUAUUUUGUGGGCAUAUGGAAAAUGGGAAUUUUUUUGGGUUUUCUUGAUUAGGAAGUUAGGAACCCUAGUUUUUCUUUCAAUAUUUUUGGGAUUUUUAUAUGGAAAAAUGGAGCGAUGUGCUGUGGUAUUUGACAUAAGCUCCGAUGAGGAAGAAUUUAGUUUUACAGAGCCGAAAGGCGAUGAUUAUGAUUGGCUAGCGAAGUUUUUCGAGACCGGAGAUAAGGGAUCGGACAAUGAUUCCGAUGACGUUGUGGUGGUGAGUGAGACCAAGCCUAAAUCGAGGUCAAAGUCUUCUAAACCUACGGUCAGAGAUGCGGAUGAUGAUUGUGUGAUUUUGGAUAGUGACCCAGACAAGCCUAUCGUCGAUGAUGCUGGGAGUGACUCGGACGAGUUGUCUAUAGUUGGCGAGAAGGGUCCGAUUGCUUGCCGAGACUUCCCACAUUCUCGACAUGUUUGUAUUAGCUUUCCUUUUAAUACUACCCCCCACGAGAAGUACUGUAACCUGUGCCAUUGUUAUGUCUGUGACUUACCUGCACCCUGUGUGCAUUGGGCAACUAGCAACUCAAUUAUUGGCCAUUGUCAUGCCACUGACAAAGAGGGUAUAUGGAGAAAUCAGAGGGAAAGCUUUAAAUCGGGGAAAAUUUCUUCAUCACCACCUUUAAAAAUUUCUGACAGUCCACUAUCUGUGUGUGUGCCUCCAAAAAACCAAGUUCCACCACUCAAUAUUAUUCAAUUGUCACCUUGCUCAAGACCACAGGAUUUUGUCUCCAGGCCUUCGCCUGUCCAAGCUUGUUCCUCAGCUAAUUAUUCUCUCCCUACUAUUAUAAGCCGUAGUAGGAGCCAACCAUCAGGAUUGCUUUCAUCCAAGAACAGAUAUCAACCACGCAUAGUAUCAGGAGGACCGGUGCUUGGUGCUAGGCAUACUCUCCGGAAGGGCCCUUUGAACUCUACUCAUGCAUUGUUUCCAAAAUAUAUUGGGGUCCCCUUUCCAAGGAAUCCUUCCUUGUACUCUUCAUCAAACAACAGGAAUCACAUUGGUGCCGCUCAAUAUCCUAGGUUUCCCACUUCAGCACCAGGAUUGACAGACUUAAACCACCCGAGCAUGUGGAAUGAGUUUGACUCCAUUUCGUGUCAAAGCUCCUUUGAUCAGAACUUACUUCGUGCAGCAUUAAAUACUCCACCCUCCGAACCCCAAAGUUAUAGUCAACAUCUUCCUCCAUCAAAUAAUGAUAGCCAGAAUAUUUAUCAGCACGGGAAUCAAUUUCAGAUUAAUGACCCAAGUAUCCUUAAUCUUGGAGAUGAAACUCCAAAAUUCACUCAAAAUAUCUGUGAAGAAGACAUUGAAAUCAUAGGUGCAAAAGAUGGUAGUUCUGUAGAUAGUAUCUCCACAACAAAAUGGGUGAAUGAUGCCAGCCAAAGCAACCAACAACCUCCAGUCGAAAAUACUCAACAUCAGAUUUCGGAAACCUUUUUCGCACCAUCUGUUAAGGACUCUAAUUCUCAGUUUAGCAUCAGAAACACUGAUCUUAGCUCAGACUUCAGGUUUGAUGACUUGUUUUUUGAAGACCGAAGUGGUCCAGUGGUUGCAGAUGGUUCUAUGACACCUCCAUUGGAUGUCAUCUCUCCCGAGUCUGCUCCAAUUGAUCCAGGUAUGCUUUUCUUUGAUUUUGAAACCUCGUGGAACGGUCUUACCCACUUAUAGGGGACUCGACCCUGCGGCCGACCCUUUACUCUUUGGAUGCUUCUUGAACAGAUAUGGAAGCCUGAAAAUGGAGUCUUGCAUUGCAUUGUGCUCCUUUGUAAAUAAAAAUCCAUGCUUUGUUAACUUUGCUUUUAGGCUGAAAAAUAAGCAUCCCCAUUGAAAGCUGGAGGAGAGCCUAGUGGUGUCUUAUCAGUAUACGAGUAAUUUUAUUUAGUAGUCAGUACUGCUCAAAGUCGAAAAGUGGGGUUAUUUUUAAGGAUUAGAGGUGGUGAUUUUAACCCCUUGAUCCUUUUCUUCUCGUUAAUCCCAAAUGUGAGAUAAUUAUCAUUAUUAUUAUUAUUAAUCUUGCUUAGUUCUAUCUCCA